UCCAUUUCAUAUUCAACCACAGUAAGAAACCAACACCAUGAGUGGAAGCUUCCGACCUCCCGAAAGUUGGCCGUUCGGACAGGAGUACUGGAUAUAUCUUCCUGUUAAUCGAUCCGGCCUGCUUCCUCCGAUCAGAUCUCUGAAUCCUAGAGCAGGAACAAGAAAUCCAUGGCUGUUAGUUGAGGAGAGAUUCAAUGGAGGCCAUGAUCAUGGUUUCGCGAGUUUCCCUCCACCGGCAGCCCCUCAUCCCGUCCACCUCAUGGAGGACUCGUAUCCGGCGGCGUACCACCAGCCGUGGAACACGCGGUCAUCCGCGGAGGAGGAGUCGAAGCUGAGCCCAGAAGAGCAGAAGCAGGCAGUGAACAAGCUGAGGAAGCAGCUCUACAGCCCCCACAUAUACAACAUAAUCAAGAGAUUGGGCAACAAGUCCGCCGCGGCUGCCACCAGCGACGACGAAGGCAAAAGGUGCGCCGUCUGCCUCGACGAUUUCGAGACAAAGCAGUUCGUGACAAUCACUCCUUGCAACCACAUGUUUCAUGAGGAAUGCAUCGUUCCCUGGGUCAAGACCCAGGGGAAAUGCCCCGUCUGCAGGUUCGUCAUUGUCGAACGCGCUCACUCUAGAGCCACCGCCUCCUCCAGGCGCGGCCGCACCGAGAGGAGCCUCCUCUUUUAGUUAUUUAUAUUUAUCAUGUACUCGUAUUUCAAUUUCAUCGCGACUAUAUAUAUACAGGGGCGGACGCAGAAAAAAAUAUGAUUGGGGGCUGUGAUUUCUAAA